CACAGCUGCCGCCAUGCUGCCGCUGCCCUCGGAGCAGGCCCUGAGCGAGCUGCUGGCGCGCAAGGAGGACGAGUGGCGCGCGCUGCAGGCCCACCGCACCCAGCUGCAGGAGGCCGCCCUUCGGGACGCGCAGCGCCGGCUGGAGGAGGCCGAGGGGAGGCUGGGGCGCCUGCAGGAGGACUUCCUCUACAACCUGCAGCUGCUGGAGGAGCGGGACCGGGAGCUGGAGCGCUACGACGCCGCCUUCGCCCAGGCGCAGAGGCUGCAGGAGGCCGGGCAGGCCGAGGCCAGCACAGAGCUGGCCACCCCACCCCACCCCACGGAGUCCAGCCUCUCCCGGAGCAGGCAGUGCCUCGCUCACUGCUCGCCCGUAGUGCAGACGCUGACCUCAGGCCAUUCCCGACCCUGCGACAAGAAUGCUGAGAUCGACCGCCAGCGGGAACAGUAUGAGAAGCUGAAGUGGCAGCUGGAGAGAAAGCUCCAGGGGCUGGACGGCGAGCUGGCUCUGCAGAGGCAGGAGCUGUUGCUGGAGUUCGAAUCUGAAGUGCAGAAGAGGGAGCACGGGUUCCGGCUGCACGCCGACAGCAUGAGCAGCACAGUCCUGACCCACGAGCUCAAGGUUAAGCUUCUGAACAAGGAGCUGGCGGCGCUGAGAGAGGCCGGGGCCCAGGCUGCCGAGUCCCUGCAGGGGGCGCAGGCGGCCAGGGCGGAGCUGGAGGAGCGUCUCUUCCUGGUCCGGGGGCCCUGGCCGACUGCGGCGGCUUUCCACUCACACGUGGUUCUUCUCAGGAUAAAAGACCUGGAGGACGAGCUCCAGUCGGUGCAGCUCACCCGGAACACGGAGCAGGAGACCUUCCAGAGGAAGCACGAGGAGCUCGACCGGGUGGCCAGGGGAGGGGACGCGGCGGAGGCCCUGAAGGAGAAGGACGCCGCCAUGGACAGGCUCCGGGAAGAGGCGUCCGCGCUGAGAGCCAGCUGGGACGCGCAGCUUGCUCAGCUGUCGAAGGAGACAAUCUCCAAGGACCUGCAGGUCCAGUCGCUGCAGGAGGACGCGGUGCAGCUCCGGGCUCAGCUGGCCCGGUGCCAGCAGGACGUGGGCAGGUACCAGCGGGAGCUGUCUCUGGCGGUGGAGAGGGAGCAGAGCCUGGAGCGGGACAAGGUGCAGCUGGGCCUGGACUGGCAGCGGCGCUGCGAGGGCCUCGAGCGGGACCACUACCAGCAGCACGAGGGGCUGGUGCAGGGGCUGGCCUCGGCCAGGGCACAGGUCGCUGCCAAGCUCCAGGAGGCGGAGCAGAGGCUGCGAGACCAGGAGGUGGUGCUGAGGGCCCUGACCCUGGAGAGAGACCAGGCCCUGCAGGCCCUGAGGGACUACGGGCUCAGCCCGCAGCAGGAGGUGCCGGGGCUCCCUCGGCAUCACGGGGGAGAGGCGAGCGCACGUUUCCCGUCCGGCGAGAUCCAGCGGCUGCAGGAGCAGAACGCCAGCCUGCGGAGCGUGGUUGCGCAGAUGAGGGCCGAGAUGGAGGCUCUGAGCGAGCAGGCGCUCCCCCCUGCCCAGCCAGCAGGAGGCACAGCAGCCGCCGGCACCCCUGCAGAGGCUGCCCCCGAUUAUGUUCUGGCUCUGGAAGCAGAAAUACGAAAUCUGAAGGGUAAGUUUAAAACCCUGGAAGAGCAGCUGGGAGGCGCACUGGAGCCUUCGAAGACACCCUCGUCUCUCGCUGACGUCCAGCCCGGCGUCUGUACCGCCGACGCCCCCGGAGGGGCUGUGCCCGCUGGUGGCGCAUCCCUGGGGCUGGCGCUCAGGCGGCUGGGAGACAGGACACGUCUGCUGAGCUUCCUGGUGGCUCGGCUCCGAGAGAAGGUACCGCCUGACCUGUGCCUGCGGGUCUCUGCUGGGUGCCCCUGGGCGGGCAGCUGGGGGCGGGAAUCUGAUUGAAAAUACAUUUCACUUCCUGUUCAUGGGACCACAGCUCUGCAAGCACACGUGGGCGAGGGGGUCACAUCUGCGAUGCUUCCCAAGCCUGCCGCGUGGAGUCUCAGGCGCACACGCAGACAUAUGCGCGCACAC